CUAUAGACAGGAAGACGGCUCCUGAUCGAUGUAUCGGGUCGGUCUGGUCUCGAACCACUUCGUGGAGAAGUUUGUUAUCUUUAAAACCUCUUUGCGCACGCCCUACUGCACUCAAACCGUAAAGAUGCCCAAAGCCAGAACGCACGCGUGCUCAUCCCUGUGGAUAGCAUCUCUGGCUGCCUUAGUAGUGUCGUCAGUGCUGUCUUCAUCAUUCUCACCCUCGGCAUAUCAGAGAUCCACCAUCAGCGUAAAAAGACCCAGCUUCAUGGAGAGGACACUGGUUCUGCUGGACGUCAACACGCGAAGUCCCAUCAGAGUCCUCAACGACAACUUCCUCUCACUACAGCUGGACCCCUCCAUUAUAAAAGACGGAUGGUUGGACUUUUUGAGCUCUAAGCGGCUGGUGACCCUGGCGCGCGGCCUGGCUCCAGCUUAUCUGCGCUUUGGCGGAAAAAGAACCGACUUCUUGCAGUUCAACAACCAGAAGAACCUGGCGAAGUUCAGAGGACCGGGUCCAGACUACUACCUGAAAAACUACGAGGAUGAUAUUGUGCGCAGUGACAUUGCGCUGGAUAAACAGAAUGGCUGUAAAGUGGCCAACCACCCGGACAUAAUGCUGGAGCUGCAGAGAGAGAAAGCUGCCAACACACAACUCGUACUGCUGAAAGAGCAACUGUCCAACAUCUACAGCAACAUUACAAUAACAGCCAGGUCUUUAGACAAACUGUACAACUUCGCUGACUGCGCCGGUUUGCACCUGGUCCUGGGGCUGAACGCACUGCACCGAAACCCAGACAACUCGUGGAACACGUCGUCCACACUGAGCCUCCUGAAGUACGGAGCUGGAAAGAAGUACAACAUCUCCUGGGAGCUGGGCAACGAGCCAAAUGCCUAUCGCAGCAUGGUGGGGCGUGCGGUCAACAGCACCCAGUGGGCACAGGACUACGCCAAGCUCAGGACCCUCCUCCAGUCUGUGCGAUACUACAACAAAGCGCAUCUAUACGGCCCCAACGUGGGAAGACCGCGCAAGAACGCUCUCCUUAUGUUGGAUGGGUUUGUGAAAAAUGCGGGCGCUGUCGUAGAUGCGGUUACGUGGCAACAUUAUUUCAUGGAUGGCAGGGUGAAAAAAGUGGAGGACUUCUUAAAAACCAGACUGAUGGACACACUCACAGAUCAGAUCAAUAAAGUCAUAAAGGUGGUGGCGACACACACCACAGGUAAAAAGGUGUGGCUGGGUGGACUGGGCCCUGCCUGGACGGGAGGCAUCAAUAACCUUUCUCAAACAUAUGCAGCGGGGUUUCUAUGGAUUAACACUCUCGGUGUGGCUGCUGUUCAGGGGAUUGACGUCGUCCUGCGUCACUCUUUCUUUGAUUAUGGAUACACACAUCUGGUGGAUCAGAAUUUCAAUCCUUUACCUGAUUACUGGGUAUCACUGAUCUUCAAGCGCCUGGUCGGUCCCAAGGUGUUAGCUGUGCGAGUGGCGGGUUUACAGCGGAAGCCUCAGCCGGGGAGGGUCAUCCGAGACAAACUCCGAAUCUACGCCCACUGCACCAGCUUCUCCAAUCAUAACUACGCCAGGGGAUCCAUAACUAUCUACAUCAUCAACCUGCACCGCUCACGGAAGAAAAUUAAACUAGCAGGAACUCUACGCAACAAGACAGUGCACCAGUACCUGCUCCAGCCCCAUGGCACAGAGGGGCUCAGGGCCAAAUAUGUUCAGUUAAACGGGGAGAAGUUGGCGAUGCAGGACAAUGAGACUUUCCCUGAGCUGAAGCCAAAGACUCUGAGGGCUGGACGGACUAUAACUAUGCCGCCGAUGACCAUCGGCUUUUACGUCAUCCGAAACAUGAAUGCGUACGCCUGCAGGAGAUAACAUUUACUGCUUUUCAUCUUCAUCCAGACACUCAUAAACUCUGAGUAUGUCAUCAGCUGUUCCAGGCCUGUUGGUCAUACUCAUUCACAAGAUACAACCAAGCUUUUUUUUUACAAACUGCUGCACUGAAGGUUUUGAGAAAUUCUUACUCUGUCUCUGACUUAGCUUAUUUUGUAAAAUGUGAUUCAGUUAUAGCUGUAGGUCAAGAAUGUUUGUUUUAUGAUGAAGAUUUAACAAAGGGAAAACUACGACCAAGCCGCUUACACAAGCUUCUGACUUUUUUUUUUUUUUUUUUUCAAAAAAGGAAAUACAUGGAAAUACAUGUUUGCUAAAUGCUAUGUGGUUUGUGUGUGUAUGUGGGGGUGUGUGUGCGUGUGUGUGCAUACAUGCAUGUGUGUGUGCGUGUGUGCGCGUGUAUGCAUGUGUGUGUGUCUGUGUGCAUAUGUCUGUAUCAACAAAACUACUGAAGUGUGUAAAAGUGUGACGUUCCACUGAAAAUUUUUAUAUAUAUAUAUUAUUUUUACUAGCCAUAUCAAAGAAGUUUUCUAUUGAAGCUAUAUUUGUAUGUAAUGUCCUUGCAUUCUUAAGAGAAGCUGACAAAACAAUGGCAUAACAUAGUAAAUUAUAUACAUUAUAUACCAUAUUAUAGUCACACCUUCAGUAAUUAGAUUUACAAGCCCACUUCAGUUAAUUAAAAUACUAAUAGCAGAAAUGAUUAUUAUUUCACUAAUUCAGUUAAAAAAUAUGUACCUAGAUUAGGAUUGUAUCUAAAUUCAUUUAAAAACUGAAAAACAAAAAUACUAGAUAUUAUAGUACCAGUAUCAUACUUUGCUGCUAUGUGUUAUAUUGUAGUGAUUUUGUACAGGUGUUUGUUAAAGACAGAUAUUGAGAAGAUUUACUGCUUAUAUUUUUGUUAACAUACACUUAUUUAUAUGGUUAAUAUGAUCUGUUUAUAAGCUUAAUGGUUGUUCAAAAGUAUAUUAUAGUAAUGCUUUAUAUCUUUUUUAAAUGAGCAGAUGUGAUCAAAGUCCAUCCAGAUUUAUUAUUAUCAACAGAAAACUUAUGGGGCCACUUGAACUUUCUGCUUUUUGUUGUAACAGUGUAUUUAAUUUUCAUUUGCCAAAGUAGAUAGGUUUACUGCCUUUGUGUUUCCUGUGUUUAUAUGGAGAUGUUGUUCAUAUUUCGUUAUAAAGU